UUAUAAUAUCAGUAAUUCCAUUAUUCAGAGAAAUAAAAAAGAAAAAUGGGGUUUCUGAAAAUUUCACUUUUCCUUGCAUGCAUGCUUGUCAUGGAGAUGGGUCUGUGGUGCAACGCCCAGAACUCACAACAAGACUACCUGGACGCCCACAACGCCGCACGCGCCGCCGUGGGCGUCCAGUCCAUAACGUGGGACGACCAGGUGGCAGCGUACGCUCAAAGCUACGCUAACCAGAGGUCCGGCGACUGCAGCCUCAUCCACUCCGGCAACCUGCAACAGUACGGGUACGGCGAAAACAUAGCCGCCGGCGGCGACGAAAACUCCUUGACGGGGAAGGCGGCGGUGGACAUGUGGGUUGACGAGCAGCAGUACUACGACCACGCCACCAAUUCCUGCAACGCGCCGGAGGGGAAGUCGUGCGGCCACUACACGCAGGUGGUUUGGAGGAACUCCGUCAAGGUGGGGUGCGCUAGGGUUCAGUGCAGCAACGGCGCCGGAUACUUUGUCACCUGCAACUAUUCUCCGCCGGGGAAUUAUAUUGGCCAGAGCCCUUACUAAACUAAUUAUAUGAAAUCUGAGAUUUUCAUGAAAUAAACACACAUGCAUACAUUGCAUGUAUCCAUAUAUGCUUAAUAAACUCUUAGUACGUAUACGUACUAUGUUACGUUGUUAAUUUUCCUUGUUUUAGUUUUUCCUUUUUAAAUAAUUUUGUAUACCA